AUGAAUCGCGCCGAGUCCCCACUAAUUAACACCGACAAGCAAAGUUCAGAUGUGUCCACUGGACCUACGCACAGGGGAAGCACUGGAAUGGCUGAGUUACCAGGACCUGUAACAGAAAAGCUACAGAUUUCCCCCAAAUUGGAUCUGGAACAUCCUCUAACACCUCACACUCCUGCCACCAAGUAUUACACAGCCCUGGUCACAGGAGACCUGAGGAGCCUUGAGAUCCUGACUGACUGAUACUAUCAAGAUGUGAACCUGGUUUUUAAGUUCAGUAAAAAUGAGCUGGAGUGACAGGUGAAAAGCCAAGUGUCUUAUGGACUCUCAGGGCUGUGGUCACUGGAGUUCAAACAGGAGCUGAGUGCGCUGCUGUGCUUCACUGUCUGCCACAGCCACACUGCCUGCCUACGCUAUCUCCCCUGCCAGUGGGCCCACCCCAGCCUAGCACCAGCGGGGCUGGGACCCCUGCAUGAAGCCUGCUGGGGAGGAGGUCACACCAACUGCGUUGAGCUGGUGCUGGAAUACAAGGCCGACACCAGCCUGUGCAGCAACAAAGGCCUGGCCCCGUUGCACCUCUGUGUCACCCAGGACUCACUGACAUGUGCCAAGCUCCUACUGAGACACAGGGCAACCGUCAACUUGCCUGGAGAGGGCAGUGGGGAGACAGCUCUGCACAUGGCUGUGAGGCACUGCCUGUGUGACUAUGCCUGCCUCUACCUGCGCCAUGGGGCUCACGUCAAUGCAUGCAAUGCACAGGAAGACAUGGCCCUCAGCAUCCUCUGCAGGUAGGUGCCAGGCACUAGUGAGGGCUGCCUGCAGCUUUGCCAGCUGCUGCCUGCCCAUGGUGCCAAAACUGACGCCUGGGAUGAGAUACAGAGGAGUCCCUUGCACAAGGCAUGCGGGACUGCCCACGCUGGCCUGCUGUCCUUCCUCUUGCAGCACCGUGCCAACGUUGAUACUAUUGACUACAACGACAUCCCCUUGGCCUGUGGGCUGCAGAGCACUGCCUUCAAGAAGGACCUGCAGCCUUACCUCAUUGUGCAGCUGCUGCCCAACUAUGGCUCCCAAAAGAUAUGGCCUCCUGCCUUUGCCAAGGUACCAGCCCCAAAAUAACCCCCGUGUAUCCCCUGGGACAUGGGAUUUUGCAGUUGGAGUCAGGGUGCUCUGGGAAAUAAAAAGUCAGAGGCCCCUCCCUCUCUUUUUUUGCAGCGGCACCAGCUAUUCUAUGAGUCUUUUUUCCGGCUGGCAGGAACAGUCCCCUGCCUCCAACAUUUAUGCCACUCUGCCAUUCAGAAAAAGUUUGGCAGCUAAUGCCUUACCCUCUUGUUGCCUGUGCCCAAGUCUUUGCAUGAUUACCUGCUGUUGAAGCCUGAGGGAAUCAUUCUGUGGAGGUCUGGGAGGAGUCGGCCAAGGGCCUUCCAGCCCACCCUCACCUGGACGGCCCUUGGUGCUGCACGGUAG